CCAAUUGGAUUACAGAUUAGAAUGGAACCUUCUUUCAAAUAAAUUCUCCGAUCGCUACCGCAGAUUCGUGAACGAAUUCGCCCUUGCGUAGUAUUUUUCACUGUUUUUUGACAGAUGCUCAAUGUAUUGUACCUUUGACGCAUUUAUCGCAAAAGACCGCUUUUUUAUAAAAUCUAUUUGCCCUUCCUCGUGGUUUUGAAGCGCGAUGCGUCAAGAUUACGCAUCACUUGUGGUCCGCAGUUUCUACAGUGGAGGCUGUUGCAAUUCACGCGUAACAAUCAGCGUAUUUAUACCAGCCUUUGCCCUUAUCGCUUUCAAACGGGUAUACGUAGUUGUAACGAUUGAAAGCCGCCAGUGAUCAGUGACCAUUUUGGCUUGACACUGGCAUGUUGUUACUUAUGAAACACGGAAUGAGGACAACCAGUAAAGAAGACGUUGCAAGUGUCAGUGUUUCUCAAAGUGAUUUGCAUUCCAGUACAGAUCACACCGACGAAGAUGAGCUCGCAACAGUUUGUAAUUUUGAAGAGGAUAACGGAGCGCAAGCAAUCCAUCUGCCGGUUUUUGAUGGUUAUAGUCAUAGAUCAAUUGCAGUUAAUGUAACGAAAAGCACCGAUGUAAAGAUCAGACCAGUAACGCAAUUCUAUGCUCCAGUAACGAUACAUCAACAUUCUACUAAAUUAGCGAACAACAAAGAUAAACUCGAGAAGCAAUCAAAUUCCCAGUUUAUGUUGAGUCGUACUUCAGCUAUUUCAACGAAUCUGGUAUGCAUAUUGGGAAUUGUGUUUAGUUUAAUUAUUGCCGUUACUCUUAUUGUGAUUAUGAUAUAUUUCAUCACGCCCCCGAGAAAUGAUGGGAAAAAUGCACUGCGUUCGCGUCUACCAGAAGGGAACUCCGUAGCUUUGGAUGAGGAUGUGGCUAUAUUGACCAAGGAACGAUGGGGAGGAUAUGAAAUGCGGGACGGGUGGCAAAACAGAAGUCUUUCACAUCCUGUAGAAUUAGUUAUCAUUGGACAUACAGCGUCAAGUCCGUGCUCCACAUUCGAAGAGUGCGCAUCAAAAAUGCAAACAUUUCAAAAUCUGCAUGUUCAAACUCGUGGCUGGGUUAGUAUUGGUUAUAAUUUCGUGAUCGGGGGGGACGGCAAUGUCUACCAAGCUUUGGGCUGGGAUAUCACAAACUACACUCGAGAUAAUUCCAUCAUGAUAUCCUUCAUUGGUAAUUAUGUAAUUAAUGAGGUAAAAAACAAGCAACGAAAGGCAGUGCAACUUUUACUGGAACAGGGAGUAGAACUAGGAAAGCUUGCUUCAAAUUAUAAACUGGUUGCUCACUGUCAGGUUGCUAAUACACUCAGUCCUGGGCAAUAUUUGUUAGCAGAUCUGAAGCAAUGGCCUCACUAUUAUGCUGGUCUAAUUACGUAACCUAUACUAGUGUCAUGGUUUUCUAUGAAAAACCAUAGCGCAAGUAAGGCUAAGUAUGCGAAGCAGAAUAGUUUAAAAACAUCCUAAGACUUUGAUAUCGCGGUUUUUCAACCCGUUGUUUUGUAUCUCAGUUUUAUUAACUCCGGCUCAAAUUCAAUAGGAGCUACUUAUGGGAACAAAAAGAAAUGAUGAAAUUCAGGUUGCAGUAUAGCAGAACCAAGUGUUAUUUCAAUUAUAUAUUUAACAGUCAAUAGUAAACGGUAUAAUUUAAUGUAAGUGCCAAAGAAUUAAGUAGAGACGCAAGAGAGAUAUAAAUGUAAUGAACGAAAAUGACAAUGCCAGAGUAUCUUUGAUGAUUUAUAUGUGCUGACUAGUCCAUAACAUAUAGCUGUCGAUAAUUGAUGACACUGGUGAACACGAAUUUUAAGUCUGGGUUCUAGAUGUCAAAUUUUGAUUUUUUUCCAUGUAAAUAAUGAAAGAAAAAAUAGAUUUAUUAGAUAAAGUUUGCUUUUGUAGAAACCAAAACGACAUGUUUGGAUUUUAAGAAUCAACAUAAAAAACAACAAAUGCAAACUUUAUAAGUGAUAAAUGAAUAUUAGGUUAUUAUUAGAUGCACAAAAUCAAAAUUUAUUUAUUUAAAUAUAAACUCAAUAAAAAAAAAAAAAACUUUUCUAUCGAUCUGUGUAAUCAUAGUUUUAGAAUACUCAAAACAUAAAUGUUUACAUGUAAAUCAAUUAUAAGCAUAAUCAGUCGAAUAUUUGCUCAAACAUGAUACGUAUCCAAAUAAAAAAAUGAGUAACGAUAAAAUCUUCACACAGUUUCUGCACUGGAUCAAAUGCUUUUAAAUUAUGACUAUUUGAUCCUUACAUUUCUAGUCUUUUGUUUUCACCACGUGAGAAAUAGUGAUAAUUUAUCAACUUUUCACUUCCAGUGUUAUUUUCAUCUUGCAUACAAUAGAUAAGUUACAGUUUGUGAUACACGUGCGUACAAACGGUGAUAAGUAUAAAGUUUUCUUUAAAUGACAUUAUACAUAUAGAAUUGUUAUUAGUUACGUAGGACAAAGAUGAAUGAAGUAAGAUAGCGUACCUCCGUUUUUAGAAAAAAUAAAUAAAACAUAUAUUUUAUACAAAUUUUAUGUCAAAUUGGAAUACUUUACGAAAUGAUGAAAAUGUUGUGAGAUUAUAUUGGGCGGAAAGGAGGAGCCACGUUUAUAGACGUUUUUAUGAUUGUAGGUAUGAAGAAUAAAGAAAAUACGUUAUAGGUAUUUUUCAUUCGCGCAAAUAAUACUUUUAAUAAAUUUGUUACGUUUUAGUCGGCUGUGAGUUAUUGUAAUCCAUGUUCAGUGUCAAGUUUGACAAUGAUCAAUCUAUCUUCGUGUAUACAUAUAAAUAUUUAUACAUUGAUCUCGGAAAUUUUAACAUGUUUCUCGGUUUACUUUUUUCUGUAUACGCGGCUAGAGUGAACGUCCGUUGAUAUGCAUACGUUUGUAUACUAAAUUACGAAAGAGGAACGGGUGUCGCUUUAUCGCAAUAAAAUUUCCCAGAAAGUUAUCAGUGCGAGAUUCGUUACAGCGAGACGCAAGUGACGGUAAUAUGAUUGGACGGCGAAUAGUGUAAGCAUAAUUAAAUGCUCACAGUUGUAAUCGUAUAUGUUGUGACUUGAAAGAAAUUACAAAACAGAAGAAGAUAUAAGCUGGAAUAUUGUUGGAAAUACCCAAGAAUUACGAACAUAUAACAGAUAACGAAAAAUAAUAAUUAUCAGCUGUGUUUGAUCUCAUUCUCGAAUGUGGCCUUGUGAAAAUUAUGAGAGGCGUAGAAUUGCACUGGGAUCAGAAUCAGCGUACUAGGAUCAAAAUUUCCUUGUCGUCUCGUUUUUCCGGAAAGUUCGAAAUAAUGUCAGUUAAAUUUAUGUGGAACUUUGUGAAAGAAUGAAUGGCCACUAUUUUGGAAAUUUGAUUAUAGGUGAGAGACGCCGCGCUGAAAGGCGUCUUUUUAUAAGAAAUUAUCCAUGUCGAUUUUGACUGAAUAAGUUUCUUUAAUCUUAUAUCAUUUAACAAGGCAUUCCUUUGCGCAGUACGUUUGAAUAUAAU